UACAUUCAAUUUCAAACAUCAAUUCUAUAAGUAUCUCCUCGAGCUUCAGAGAGAGAGAGAGAGAGAGAGAGAGAGAGAGAUACCAAGGAAGGGGAUUAAAGGAAGAUGUUCUUUUUCUUGAAAUCCUUGUCAAGAUCAGUCCAUGAUGAAGAACAACACCAUCAAGAAUCAGAGAUCAAGAUUACUACAGAUGGGAUUGGGACGUGUACUUCAUUAACAGUAUGGAGAAAGUCUCUUAUAAUUAAUUGCAGUGGAUUUACAGUGAUUAAUUCCCAUGGAGAUUUAGCUUAUCGGGUUGACAAUUAUAUUGCUCAUCCCGAUGAACUUAUUCUCAUGGAUGGCUCUGGGAAAUCCAUCCUCACAAUGCAUCGUCACAAGAAGCUUGGAUUAGGAGAGAGCUGGCUUAUAUAUGAAGGGGAAAUGGGUGAAUGUUGUCCAAGAACAAAAUUAUCAAAGAAGCCAAUUUGGAGUGUAAAGAAGCAUAUUCAAAUUCUAAAAGCAAAUCAGAAUAAUGUACUAGCAUAUGUUUUUCGAGGAACCAUAGAUCGGAAAAGGCAUUCAUAUGUGAUAGAAGGUUCGUAUGCACACAGAUCAUGUAAAGUACUGGAUGAGUCAAGGAGGGUGGUGGCUGAGAUCAAGAGGAAAGAAGCCAAAACUGGAGGAGUUUCUUUUGGGAUAGAAGUUUUUGCUUUGAUCGUACAGCCAGGGUUUGAUCCUGGAUUUGCCAUGGCUCUGGUUUUGAUAUUGGAUCAGAUGUUCUCAUGAAUUUUUAAUGUUAUUUGUUUUUUAAAUAAGGAUAUAGUUUGUGUUCGCUGUAUAUUAUUUAUUGAUAGAUAAGUAAUUAAGGAAAGCCAAAUGGGGUGGAAUUAACAUC